AUGCCUUACCACGACGUUUUGAAAUCUGGGGCUUUAGAUAAUCAAGAUGAAGAGAAGAAAGAAGAAAAUAAAGAUGAACAGAAGAUGGGAGAAAAAAAAGAUGAAGGGAAGAAGGAAGAAAAAAAAGAGAAUAAAGAUGAAGGCAAAGAGGAAGACACAAAUGUUGAAGAGAAGAAAGAAGAAAAACAAGAUGAAGAAAAGCAUGACGAGGAGGGUAAUGAAGUAGUUGAUUAUUCAAAUGUGGAGGUGCCAUCUUCCUUACAAUCCCUUUGUGGUUAUGUGGAAACUACACUAAAGCCACAGGGGAAGAUCAUGACCUUCAACAUUGAGAAGGAGGUGUUUGGUGCAGAUCGAAGUACCUUCGUCUUGCAUGAAGAUAUUACACAGUUUGCAGGCAUGGAAGAAAUUGGGGCUACUGUGGUUGCAGUAUAUAUGAGGUGCUUAUAUGAUCUUUUGAGAGAAGCAAAUAUGUGCAGCAUGGUUGGCUUUAUCGACCCUGCUCAAGUUAGUGCCAACGCUGGGUCACUAACUGACAGAUCACGAAUUGUAGCCAGUCGACUUCAGAAAACAGAUGGUGAACAGAUUUUCAUGAUGCCUUACAAUCCAGGCCGUCAUUGGGUCUUGCUGAUUGUGAGGGCAAAGAGGGAAACCGUCUAUUUUCUGGAUCCUCUGCCUGGAAAUCGUGUGGUUGAUGAGGAGGGCAAAAACAUCGUGAACAGUGCUUUAAAAAUUUAUAAUUCCCACAUAGGCAGACCAGGCCGUAAAGCACCAAUUUGGAAAACUCUGCCAGGCACACCAAAGCAACCCAGCAGUGUCGAAUGCGGGUAUUAUGUGAUGCGCUUCAUGAGGGACAUCAUCAUGGAUCCUUCCUUGGAGUUUGAGAAGAAGUUUGCCAAGGGAAAAGAUCAAGCGCCAUACCCCCAAGCAGCCAUUGAUGAAGUCAGGAAAGAAUGGGCAGAGUUUGUUUGCCUUCAUAUGGAUUAG